UGGGUGCAUGUGUGUGUUUCUCUCAGCCCAUCCCAGGCUUUCCUCUUGCAUAAGCUUCAACUUCUCCUCCCUGUGGUGGGACCCACCUGCUUGUUUGGAGAACUGCUGAUUUACAAUGCAGAUGAGCGGCUCUUUGCUUGUCUGUGCUGGUCGUCCCUAAGUUUCCCUGGCAUAUAAGAGGUUGUUUGGUGCCUGAUGCCAAGGGCGGUGGUGGCAGAGAACAUGAUGUGAGAGGCAGAGUUCAAGAAGAGGGGGGCCAAGAAAGAGCAAGCCCUGCAGCUGCCCUGUUGGCUGAGGGGCAGAUCCGUGGGACAUAAUGUCGAUGCUCACACCCGUCCUGACGUCCCCUGAGGUGAAGGAGUAUCUAUCCAAGGGCGAGCGCUUCAUCAAGUGGGACGACGACACAACGAAUGCUUCGCCUGUGAUUCUCCGGGUAGAUCCAAAGGGCUUUUACUUAUAUUGGACAUAUCAGAAUAAGGAAAUGGAAUUUUUGGAUAUAACCAGCAUCCGAGACACCCGGAUAGGAAAAUUUGCCAAAAUCCCCAAGAGCCAGAAGCUCCGAGAUGUUUUUAACUUGGAUUUCCCAGACAACAACUUCCUGCUCAAGACUCUGACUAUUGUGACCGGCACCGAUAUGGUGGAUCUCAUGUUCCACAACUUUGUCUCCUACAAAGAGAAUGUUGGCAAGAGCUGGGCUGAGGAUAUCAUGUCCAUUGUUAGAAACCCACUGACAUUCAAUGCAUCUCGCUACACUUUCCUGGAGAAAAUCCUGGUGAAGCUGAAGAUGCAACUCAGUGCUGAAGGAAAAAUUCCUGUCAGGAAUAUUUUUCAGAUGUUUCCUGCAGACAGGAAGAGAGUAGAAGCUGCAUUACAUGCUUGUCACCUUCCAAAGGGCAAGAAUGAUGCGAUCAAUCCAGAGGACUUCCCUGAGAAAGUGUAUAAAACCUUCCUGAUGAACCUGUGUCCCCGUCCGGAGAUCGAUGAGAUAUUCACCUCUCACCAUUCGAAAGCCAAGCCCUACAUGACCAAAGAGCACUUGGCAAAGUUUAUCAACAAGAAACAGCGAGAUUCCCGCCUCAAUGACAUCCUUUUCCCUCCGGCCAAACCAGAGCAGGUGCAGGGCCUGAUCGAGAAGUACGAACCCAGUGGGAUUAACAUCCAGAGAGGGCAGUUGUCUCCAGAGGGGAUGGUCUGGUUCCUCUGUGGCCCUGAAAACAAUAUUGUAUCACUGGAGAAAGUGGUGCUGUACCAGGACAUGACCCAGCCACUCUCACAUUACUUCAUCAACUCAUCACACAACACCUACUUGACAGCUGGCCAGUUUUCUGGCAUCUCAUCUCCUGAAAUGUAUCGUCAGACCCUGCUGUCUGGCUGCCGUUGUGUGGAGCUGGACUGCUGGAAGGGUCGUCCCCCAGAUGAGGAGCCCAUCAUUACCCAUGGAUUCACCAUGACAACUGAGAUUCUCUUCAAGGAUGUCAUUGAGGCCAUUGCAGAAAGUGCUUUCAAAACCUCUCUCUACCCAGUUAUCUUGUCCUUUGAGAACCAUGUUGACUCGCCCAAGCAGCAGGCUAAGAUGGCUGAGUACUGUAGGACCAUGUUUGGGGACAUGCUGCUGACAGAGCCACUAGAAAAAUAUCCACUGAAGCCGGGCGUUCCCUUGCCAAGCCCUCAGGAUCUCUUAGGGAAAAUCCUGAUUAAGAACAAGAAGAACCAGUCUGCAUCUGAAGAUAGGCGGGACUCUCUGAAGAAGGAGAGGAAUGAAGCUACUGACCAGCCUGUCACUGUGGAUGUCUGGGCAGGUGAUGUGACCGAAGAGGGCCGAGAGGAAGAGGAGGAGGAAUCUGGAAACUUGGAUGAAGAACAGAUUAAAAACAUGCAGUCAGAUGAGGGCACUGCUGGCUUGGAAGUGACAGCUUACGAGGAAAUGUCCAGCCUGGUUAAUUACAUUCAGCCCAUCAAAUUUGACUCCUUUGAUACCUCAACAGAGCAGAACCGAAGUUAUGUCAUCUCCUCCUUCACCGAAACGAAGGCUUAUGAUUUACUGACCAAAUCCGCUGUGCAGUUUGUAGAAUAUAACAAGCGACAGAUGAGCCGGAUUUACCCCAAGGGCACCCGAAUGGACUCAUCCAACUACAUGCCUCAGAUGUUCUGGAACGUCGGCUGUCAAAUGGUGGCCUUAAACUUCCAGACAAUGGAUGUCCCCAUGCAACAGAAUAUGGCCCUCUUUGAGUUCAAUGGCCAGAGCGGCUACCUUCUCAAACACGAAUUCAUGCGGCGCCCAGACAAGCAGUUCGACCCUUACUCUGUGGACCGCAUUGACGUGGUGGUAGCAAGCAUCCUGUCAAUAACGAUCCUUUCUGGCCAGUUCCUCUCAGACCGCAGUGUGAAGACAUAUGUAGAAGUGGAAUUGUUUGGUUUGCCAGGGGACCCAAAACGUAAAUACAGAACCAAGCUGACAUCAAGUGCCAAUUCCCUCAACCCGGUAUGGAAGGAGGAGGCUUUUGUUUUUGAAAAGAUUCUGAUGCCAGAGUUGGCUUCUCUCAGAAUUGUGGCUUUGGAGGAAGGAGGAAAGUUCAUUGGUCAACGCAUCAUUCCCGUUAUUGCUGUGCAUUCAGGCUAUCACCACGUUUGCCUUCGCAGCGAGAGUAACAUGCCACUCACUAUGCCCUCCCUCUUUGUGUACCUGGAGAUGAAGGACUAUGUCCCUGACACUUGGGCAGAUCUGACUAUUGCUCUCUCCAACCCCAUUAAGUUCUUUAAUACCCAGGACAAGCUGAAACAGGGUUCUGCAGAGAGGCCUGACAUGCAGAAGAAACUUACAGCAGCUCACACCAAUGGGAUGCCAAAUUCCUUUAGUUUGCAUUCUUCAAAUGGACCUGCAGGAGCUAUGGUCCUGGGGAAGGAAGAAACUAAAAAAGAAGUUGCAAAAGAAGUUGCAGAGCUCCAAACAGCCAGCCUUGAGGAACUGCAGAAGAUGAAGCUUUUUAUGAAGCUGCUGAAGAAACAGGAGAAGGAGCUGAAGGAGCUGGAGCGAAAGGGAAGCAAGCGCAGGGAAGAGCUGCUGCAGAGAUAUUCAGCCCUGUUCUCAGAGUUGGUCACCCAGUGUAGCAGGAAGAAGAUCACAUACCCUCGGAAAACCCAGAAAAAGAAAAGGAAUUUGACUGUAGAGGAGGUCGGUGCAGAAGGGAAUCCAGCAGAGAUGGCAGAGAACGCUGACAGCCGAGUCUUGGAGCUGAAGGGGAAGCUGGAAAUGGACCUAAAGCAAGUGUGGGAAGAGCAGUAUGAUGGGAUUCGGAAAAAGAAAGAGCACCAUGCCACAGAGCAAAUUGCCAGACUAAUAGAAGUAGCAAAGGAGAAGCAGGCAGCUGAGCUGAAGGCACUGAAGGAAUCGUCAGAAAGUGAUACUAAGGAGAUAAAGAAGAAGCUGGAGGCAAAGAGACUGGACCGAAUUCAAGCCAUGACCAAGAGUACCAUUGACAAGACUGCUCAGGAGAGAUUAAAGAGAGAAAUUAAUAAUUCACACAUUCAAGAAGUGGUGCAGAUGGUCAAACUGAUGACAGAAAAGAUGACCAAGUAUCUGGAGAAACUGGAAGAGAAGCAGGCAGGUUGUUUGGAAAAGAUCAAGGAGAAAGAAAGCCAGCUCCAGAAGGAUGCCUUGGCAGAGUAUGAGGAGAAAAUGAAAACCCUUAGCAUGGAGGUACAAGAUUUGGUAAGGAACUGUGUGAAGGUCUGCUUCCCUCUGGAGGCUAAUAUCAAGAAGGAAGAAGCCCUGAACGCUAGCAGUGAAGGAAAACAAGGCUCUAAGGACCAAUCAGAAGGAAAGGUACCUGUAGCUGAGAUAUCAGGUCUUGAGACAUCCAUGGCUGAGACCUCCAUAGCUCAGACCCAAAAAGUUGAGUUGUCUGACCAAUAUCGGGAAAGCAGAUUAUGAGAGAUGCUUCUCCUAAUCCUUACUCUGCUUCUGGAAGCUCAUUUCAAACAUUAAUAGAGUCUACAGUAAAGCUAUGGACAUGAAAUAAACUUAAUCUACUCAGAAGACCAUCCUUCCCAGCCAGGGAAUUGUAUGGGUUGCUGAAGUUCACCAGAAACUUACUACUUUCUUCGCUGUCUUUCAAAAUGUGGAUGAGAAGAGAUUUUAUGGGAUCACCCAUAGAUGGGAGGUUUGAUCUGUAGGAAACACUUUGUCUUCCUCUCCGGCUUAGUGUCACACCACCAAGGUCCCCUCCCUCUGGGGGUCCCCCGGGAAGGCAGAUCUGCACUGCAUGUUGCUAACUCGUUGCAAGCAUCGCAAAGUAUUUUGGGGAGAGUCACAGGUGUGAGUGUGGAAUGGAAGAUUUCUUUGUAGGCUGUGAGAGGGACAGGGCGGUGGGGGUGUGAAAUUAGCAGCAGGUAUUUCAGGAGCAUUAGUGGCUUCAUGACUGGCAAUUCUGACACAGCUAGCUUGUCUUCAUUAUCUCAGCCUUCAUCAAAUUUAUCCUGUUUAUAGGAAGCCCUUCCACAAACUAGAAGUGAGUUGGAAGGUCACUUUAAAGAACCUCAUGCCAUCAGUGCACCAUUAGCCCUCUCUCAAACAGAAUAGUGCUGGCUCCAUGGAUUUCUCCUAUUGGCAGAGGAAAGAAGAAUCUCAAAGAGCAUUAAGCUGGUGUUCACACAAGAUUUUAGAUAAAUUGCUGUGGAAAAAACCCCCUAGGAAAUGGAAGGAGAGUACUCUAUGAUCAGUUUUCUAGAUUUUGUUUAAAUGUCUUCUUUUUCCUAGUGACUAUUUUUCACUUCUGCUGUAUCUUUUGGAAGCUGGUGGUUCUACAGACAGGUUUUAUGGGACCCAAUUAGACUUGGGUUGACCCCUCAUAGAAUGUAUAGACAGAAAAUCUGUAAGGGCUCUCUAAUACCUGUAGAAAUUAUGCAGAGAAAUGCACCAUUUCUCCCAUUUAUUACUACAAAAUAACCUAGAGAACUCCUGUCCAAUUCUCUGUGGACAUUCCAUAAAGUUUUCUACAGAGCCCCAUCAAGAUUCUCUAAUGAAGCUAUGAUAACUCCACAUUUGGGGCCCUUAUGGAAGCAUACAGUCACAAUUUUGAAAACUUUUAAUUUAUUUUAAGGGUAAAUAAACAGCAUUUCCAUGAAUGUUCCUCGUAACGUAAGGCCACCAGUUCCCUUGGCUGGCCUACCAAAAAGUACAGCAAUUUGUUUCAAAACCUGCCUCAAAAUUCUGUGCCCAAGCUAAAACCUCCUAUUCACUAUGCGUCUGUACCAAUGUAUUAGAACAAAAGCUCGGCAAACUCUCCCGCAGGCGGUGCAGUCUGAAGAAGUAGACAGUGUGGGAGGAAUCAGGGAAGAGAAACUCCUUCAGUACAUACGCUACACAGGAGGUUUGUGGCCUUUAUCUCAGCUUGCUAGGGACUCGAGGAGGUUUUUUAUGCUGUUUACCCUUUGGCACACAUGCUGCCAUGCACUGUGUGUAACAGUGCAGGCUGCAGCGUCUUCCCUACAGUAGCUGCAGAUUUCUGACUUCCUCAGUAGUUAUUUCUAACUUUAAUUGCAGACUGAAGGGCAUAAUACAGAUCUUCAGUUACAUAGCUUAAUUUUGAAGUAUGUUAGUCCUGACCUUAAGACUUUCUGCAUUUUUUGACUGCAGAUGGGAGUAUGUGACCCUUAGAUUGUCUGAGACCUGGUGUCCAUUUGCUGCUGCUGCUCUUGGGUAAUACCAGAGGUGAAAGUAAGCCGGUACGGUAUGGUACGGCGUACCGGCAAGAGCCGGUACACUGUGCCAGACCAGACCGGCUUCUCCGGCGAUGAUUUAGAGGGUCCAGAGCUCCAGCUGCUGCGGGGCGCCCUGGGCCCUUUAAAUCACCGCCGGAGCUCUGGCAGCUGGAGCACUGAGGGG